GCUUGUGGUUCGAAAGGACUGCCAGGGCCUCCAGGAUUAAAUGGACAGCAAGGACGAAAAGGGGACAGGGGACCACCAGGAAGAGAGGGACCAAGGGGAGAGCAAGGCCCGACAGGUGGGCCUGGGAUUCAAGGUCCCCCAGGUGAACAAGGAGAAAUCGGAGGUGCAGGGGAGGCCGGCGAUAAAGGACCGGCAUGCCUUUCAUCGCCUGGACCGCCGGGACCACCGGGACCGGAUGGAAAGGAUGGGGCGAAGGGAGAUCCGGGAAUACCAGGAAUUGCGGGGCCUCGAGGAUUGGAAGGACCGGUUGGAUUGCAAGGACCGG